AUGCAAUCGGCAAACCAAAUGCAAUCGAUGAACCAAAUGCAUCCGUUCAUCCAAAUGAUUAUGUUGAAGCAACAACUCUUAAAAAUCAUAUCUCCGGAGGAUCAAAAUAAAGACGAGAAGUUCAUUUUGAAUAAGUAUCCAAGAGUGGCACAAAUGGUUUUUGAAAACGACGCCGUUUUCGAAGAUCUCAAGAAAACACUCGAAAUUGAGAAAAAUCAACCUGAGGACGAAAGAAAAGUGUUUUGGAAGAGGAUGGAUAUGCUGUGUGCUUCUUAUAUGAAAGCUCCCGCCUACAAAAACGGAAACAAGGAACACAAUGGAUACAAGAUUUGUUGUGAAAUGGCUGACUAUUGCUCGUUUUACAAACAGACAUGGUUCUUCAUUGUUUGCGGAGCCGUUGGGUUCCUUCUUCUCGUUGCCAUUGCCGGUGGUGUUUUCUUUAUCAUUCGUCGCAAAAACAAGAAGAAAAUUGGUGGAAACAACAAGAAAGAAGGAAGCAAGCCAUAA